GGCAUCGCCCUGGCGAUGGUGCCCGGCUCCCGGAGGAUGCGGAGCCCGGCUCGGCUGCGCCGCCCGCGCUCUGCCCGCGCACCCGCCCGCGGGACGCCGCGCCCGGCCUGCGCUCCGCGGACAGCGGACCCGGCGGCGCUGGCGGCGCCGCUCCGCUGCCCACAGGACUCCUCCGGCUGGUGAUUUUGGCCGUCCUUGUCGUCGCUCUCCCCCUCGCCUCGGUUUGAUCGGAAAAUCGUGCCCGAACCGUCCAAAUUCGGGAUUGCCUCGACCUCGCAGGGGCGGAUGGAAACGACGGCAGCGAGAGCCAAGGCUUGGGACGCGAGUGCCGUGCCUCAAGUUAUAGCCCUCGCAGCGCUUUCGCUCUGCCUAGCCCCCUGAAAACAAACCCCCUACCAGCCCAUAUAUUUCUUGGUAAUCGAAAAUACUCACCAGACCCAGCCUACUACGGUUAUUAAGCAAAUUAUGCCAGCAGACGGGAGUAUCGUUUGCAAGCUAAGGCACAAGAUUUUUUUUUUUAAGAGGCAACAGCCAGACGCUUUUGCAGCCUCGCGAUUUGGCUCGCCCAGAGAGAUACUCCUAGGGUAUAUUUUACGGUCCAAUCCCGGAAAGCCAACUGGAGAGGGAAGUCAUGAAGCACAAGGGCUGCUGCCUAUGUGACUCUUCCCCUAGAAGCAAGGUUGCUGAGGAAGAUCCUGUUAAACAAUGGCUCGGGCAUCGGCGGCCAAUUGUUCUCCAUACUGUACGCCCGAUAACCAAAGGAAAAAAAAGGAAAAAAAUAGAAAGCGAAAGAAAACCCCCAAAAAAGGAAAGAAACGCAACACACCGAGGCUUCCUCGGGAGCAAUAAACUAUUUUUGGAGGAAGUGCUAUUCCCUAGGAAAAAAUCACGACUCUCCGCUUCAGACUCCUGCUUGGGUGCAACUUCUUAUGUGGGGGCCUGGAGGUGUCAAAACUUUGAAGAUUAAUGGAUUACUUUGUUAAUGACUCGAGGCGUCAGAUUGAGGUGCUUAAAUGAUUUGUGAGGUGCAGAGCGUUUUCCUGACAGUCCCAAACAAUGAGAGAAGAGUGCGCGGGUGGAGGCGAGGGAGGCGGCAAGCUGCAGGACAAGCAGCCGCACACACACACUCGCACACACACACACACACACACACACACACACACUCACACGCACACACACACACACUCGCAGCCUCUCACACAAACAUACACAUGCACACGCACCCCCCACUUCAUUUCACAUUAGGACGCCAAGGGGCUAGAUACUAGAGAUAUCAUUUCCCUCUUUAAAAAAAGUGUAAAUAAAGCCUUUCUGGCCCCCAAUGAGGCGUUCCUUCCCGACUUUUUUGGAUCAAUCAAACAGACAGUGGCUUCUUUUGAUUAAAGCCCAAAUUGUCAUUGGGCAGAGGCAAUCAUGUGACAGCCAAUUCGGUCCAAUUUCAACCUUGUCUCCAUGAAUUCAAUAGUUUAAUAGUAGCACGGUCCCCAUACGGCUGUAAUCAGUGAAUUAGAAAAAAAACACCCCACCAGCGAUCUUCUAUGAUAUAUUUUUUUCUUCUCUCUCUCCUUUUUCCUGGGCCUUCCCCCCCCAAGCCCCCUGAAUCCGAGGGAACUUUUUCUCCGCGGGGGCUGCGAGUUGAAGGCCAUGAAUUUCGAAUUUGAGCGAGAGAUUGGUUUUAUCAAUAGUCAGCCAUCGCUUGCUGAGUGCCUGACAUCUUUUCCCCCUGUCGGUGAUACAUUUCAAAGUUCAUCAAUCAAGAACUCGACGCUUUCACACUCGACACUGAUUCCUCCUCCUUUUGAGCAGACCAUCCCCAGCCUGAACCCAAGCAGCCACCCGCGCCACAGCGGCGGCGGCCGCCCCAAGGCGAGCCCCCGCGGCCGCAGCGGCAGCCCGGGCCCCGCCGGCGCCCCGCCGCCCCCGGAGUACCCCUGGAUGAAAGAGAAAAAGGCGUCCAAGCGAUCCGCGCUGCCGCCCGCCUCGGCCUCCGCCUCAGCCGCUGGACCAGCCUGCCUGAGCCACAAAGACCCCCUUGAAAUCCCCGAUAGUGGUAGCGGUGGAUCUAGGCGGCUGAGGACGGCUUACACCAAUACCCAGCUUUUGGAGCUAGAAAAAGAAUUUCAUUUCAACAAGUAUCUCUGUAGACCAAGGCGGGUUGAGAUCGCAGCUUUGCUGGAUUUGACUGAGAGACAAGUCAAAGUCUGGUUCCAGAACAGAAGGAUGAAGCACAAGAGACAGACCCAGUGCAAGGAGAACCAAAACGGUGAGGGGAAAUUUAAGAGCUUAGAGGACUCGGAGAAGGCGGCAGAAGAAGAGGAGGAGAAAUCGCUCUUCGAGCAAGCCCUCAGCAACGUCUCCGGCGCUCUUUUGGAAAGGGAAGGUUACACUUUCCAGCAGAAUGCCCUGGCUCAGCAGCAGGCUCCCAAUGUGCACAAUGGAGAGUCCCAAAGUUUCCCCGUUUCGCCUUUAACGAGCAAUGAGAAAAAUCUGAAACAUUUUCAACAUCAGUCACCCACUGUUCAAAACUGCCUCUCAACAAUGGCCCAGAACUGUGCAGCUGGCCUGAACAAUGACAGUCCUGAGGCCCUAGAUGUCCCUUCUUUACAGGACUUUAGCGUUUUCUCCGCAGAUUCCUGCCUACAGCUUUCAGAUGCAGUUUCCCCCAGUUUGCCAGGAUCUCUGGACAGUCCCGUAGAUAUUUCUGCUGACAGUUUUGACUUUUUUACAGACACACUCACCACAAUUGACUUGCAGCAUCUGAAUUACUGAGAAAUUAAAGACGUCCUCUCAAGGGUCCUGCCUUCUCCUCCUUAUUCUUCCUUUUUAUUUUUCCAGUGAAUUAAUUUUAUUCCCCCCCCUCCCAUUUUCCCGGUCAGUAUUUUCUGUUUAUUACCUCCCUUUGCUGUGUUCGAGAGCCACUUUACCAUUUCUUAUGAAGUUUUAGUUGUGUUCAAUUUUAACCUAGCCACAUUCUAGGUCCUUCUAUGAAAGCAAUAUAUGAGGUCUGUAAGAAAGUGAUCAUAUAGGAAUUGUAUCUUCACUUUCUUUUUAUUUUUGUAUUACAUUAGGAUGCGUUGUCAUAAGUAUUUUUGGUAGAAUAAAUUCUUGUUUGCUACAA